AUGCCCAUUCAUAGUGCCACAGAAGGCAGCGCGACAGAUGAUAGAAAUAGUGAUGACACAUACACAACUGCCUCCCAUGCUCGGCCUGCGCUGAAUGAUAUCCAGUCUGAACUAACGAUACAAACCUCGACAUCGACUGACGGCAACUUGGACGAGAAACUCAAUGACGAUGAACCUCCCCGGUCUGUCAUACAUGCGCCUGCGGGAUUCAGGGAUUUUAAGCUAGAAUGUCAACCAUACGGUAGGCAAUCGGUUCCCAGAUCAGAUACUACGCCAUCCGUGGAUUCUGAUAUGGAUUCUGAUAUGACGAUGAUGAAACUGCCUCCGGUUAGGCUGAGCACUAGAGGAGCGAAGGAAGCUACUUGCAGCCCUAUAUCACCUCCCCCGCUGUUUACUGCUGUCCGGCCCACGAAGGAUUGGUCUGAGCGAGGAACUCCACGAGCACAAACGAUGCAGGAAUUUCAAGAUGUCGAUGCGACUUUCCACGUCAAUAACACUCAAGUGGGUGGCUUUUCAGAUGGGCUUAAACGGAAUGUGAAACUCGCCCCUGAUAAUGAAGCUGAAAUCAGGACCUUGACGGCAGCGCUUGCUGAAUGUUGGUCGCUUUGUAACACGCUAGCCAGCCUAAGCUCUAUUCACCAAAAGCGACUAAAUUGCAAAGGCGAUGUGCACGAAGAGGCAUGGAAAUCAUGCUGGAAACUCUGCCGGGAGUUAUAUAAUUCUCAGGGCAUUGAUUGCGGAUCACGGGUGAGCUCUACGCUUGAUAUCUGCCGAAGCUUCUGCCAAACAUUGUUCGAUGCAAGAGACUGCGAUAAUGAACUUGCAGACUCGGUCCUUCGUGUCAGCUUUGAGCUCAAUAACCAUCUGUAUAACACUCAUGAUCGAAAUUUGCCGGACGCUUUUAGAGAGAGAACUCUAGACUUUUACAUCACAUUGUGUCAUCGUCUUAUGAAGCAAAGGAGUGGGACCAGCGACCCAGAAUCUCUAUUAAGCGCUUGCUGGUCACUUGCUGAGAUGCUGUUCAGCAUACGCCAGAGCCAUAGGGAAGGACGAGUAUUAGAUGAGGAAUUACUUGGCUCUGCAAUACAAGCAUGCUGGGAACUUUGUGAUAUCUUCCGAGAAGGCUGGUCUCGGCAAGGUCUGCGCGAUUCUGAUCGUGGCACACCCCGGCCAAGCCCAGCGGCAUACCAUCAAACUGUUCAAAUUAAGGAAAAGGCCCAUUCCGAAGCUCGUCUCAACAAGUCGUUGCGCCAGCAAGGGAACCCCGAAACGCCUACAACAAUAUUUGAGGAUAUAGCGGCAGCUUCUCCUGACGAUACCCCAAUUCAAAACAUCUUUGUCUUGGGACAAGAUCCAGCAGCAUGGCGAUCAAACUCUUCAAUCAUUUCUGGACAGACCCAAUCCUCUGAGCAUUCAACAAACACAAUAACAACUUCCUCGAACGAUCUUAGCUUGGAAAGACUUAGAGUACUGAUGGCAAAGGCUGCAAUUAAUUGUGGAUACUUACGUGAUGGUCCGCAGAGCCUUUCAUCGUUUAUAAAAUCCCUUUCUUCAGAUGCAUUUGGGUCAAUGGCUUGGCAAGUGUCCCUUCUUAAGAAUUACAAAAGGAUGGUUGCAAUUGAUUCUUCCUUUCGAGAGAUAGGGCCCCAGGCUCGUGCUGGCGCUGCGGAUAUAGCAAGCACUGUGCAGUCAACAAUGCAGACUGGACAGUUCCCUUGGUUAAGAGACCUUUAUCGUUUUGUAUUCGGUUUUCAUUUAGAGGAGGCAAUCAGUCGCAAAGGCAUUGUUCUUCAGGUCUAA